AAUUUUUUUACAUUUUUUUCUUUUGAUGAUAUUUUGUCUUGGACUUUAAUUUUCUUUUCCUUUUUUACUCUUUCUCCAUUUUUAUAUCCUUUGGGUUUUUAUCCUCCGUUCCGCUUUUUUCAAUUCUUCGGCCAAUUCGUCCAUCCUUUUUUCCUCCAUGUUAUUGACUCCAUUCGCUUUUUUAUUGAAUUCCUUCAACAACAACAAAAAGCCUCAAAAACCAUCAUUUCUUUUCUUUUUGAAUUUCUCUUCUUUUGGGAUUGACUUCUCUUUUUUAUAAAUUCAUCAUUUAUUUAUUAAACUUGGCGAAGAAAAUCAAAUAACAAAUGAAACGUCAGAAUGUUAGAACAUUAUCGUUAAUUGUUUGUACUCUUACUUAUCUUAUGGUUGGAUCAGCAGUUUUUGAUGCAUUAGAAAGUGAGGCUGAAUUGAAACAACGUCAGCAAGUGGAGACAAUCAAAAAGCGUUUAGUCACAAAAUAUAAUAUUUCAACAGUUGACUAUCGCUUGCUUGAGUCAAUAAUUGUAAGAGCAAUUCCUCAUAAAGCUGGUCAUCAAUGGAAAUUUGGAGGGGCUUUUUAUUUUGCAACGACUGUGAUAACAACUAUAGGAUAUGGACACAGUUGUCCAGUCACUAUGGGUGGAAAAAUAUUUUGUAUGUUUUAUGCACUUGCGGGCAUUCCUCUUGGAUUGGUUAUGUUCCAAAGUAUUGGUGAACGUCUGAAUACUUUUUGUUCACUUUUAUUGCGACGAGUUAAAUAUUUUUUUGGACGUCCACCAUUAGUUAGCCCAAUGGAUUUAAUUAUUGUUUGUUCUCUCCUAAGUUCGGCAUGUAUUGCAAUUGGAGCUUGGAUAUUUUCUCAAUAUGAAGGAUGGCCAUAUUUUGAUUCUGUCUAUUAUUGCUUCAUUACUCUUGUAACAAUUGGCUUCGGCGAUUUUGUAGCAUUACAAAAAGACGAUGCUUUGGAAAAACGGCCAGAAUAUGUACUUUUUGUGCUCUUCUUUAUCGUUUUUGGACUUGCGGUCAUUUCUGCAGCAAUGAAUUUAUUAGUAUUGCGAUUUUUAACGCUCAACACAGAAGAUGAAAAGAGGGACAAACGUGAAGCAAAACUAGCAGAAAAAGGCUUGGUUGGUUUAAUUUUAAAUUUAAAAAUUUGGUCCCAGACAUUAGUGGGCACUUGGUUAUUUAUCUUUUUUCAACAUCUCUAUCUUCCUCCCUCUCUCCAGGUUACAAUUGACUCGCUAGGCCGGCGACAUUAUAUGAAAAGCCGAGAAUCCUCUUCAUCAUCCUCUUCCUCCCCUUCCCGUUCACAACAACAAGCUGUGCCAAAAAGUGGUGCUCCAAGUGAUGAUGAAGGGGAAACGAGUGAAGGCUUUAGGACUAGAACAGCCACAGGCGGUAGCGGUGCAUCAGUAAGGAAACGACAGAAAUUAACGUUAGCACAAUCACUUUUCACUCCUCUACUCCCUCUUUCUGGUCUGAAAGGAUUAGAAUCAGAUUCGGCAUCUAUAGUUUCUUGUUCUUGUUAUCAGUUGGCCAAAACUGAUACAGUUUUGCCACCAAGUCAUCAACAACCUCAAAAUCAGCAGGGGACAUCAACACCCCUUCAUUCUACAAAAGGGGUAUUUAAAUGA